UUUACUUUUUCUCACACUUCAAAAAUACCAUUCUCUUUCUCUCUCUAAAACCCCCCCUCUCUCUCUCUCUCUCCAUUUCACUCCAAAACUCUCUUUCCCUCUCUCUCAUAUGAUUACAGAUCAGGCCGCGAUUUCCAUUUCGAUUUUCGAACUUUCUCUCUCUAAAACUCCAUGGAAUUUCUAGGGUUUGUGUAAGCAUUUUCUUGGCGGCUCUGGUUACCGUUUACUUCUUCUUCUUUUUUUCGAUGUCGUCGGCUUCGUCGUCGGCGAAGGUUUGUUACAAUUCGGAGUGCAAGGAAUUGAAAUCGGAGCGAGCUAGGAAGGGCUGGAAGCUCCGAAAUGGCGAGUUCGCCGACCUCUGUGAUCGAUGCGCUUCUGUUUAUGAGGAAGGAAAAUUCUGUGAGACUUUCCACUUGAGUUCUACUGGUUGGAGGUGUUGUGAGACUUGUGGGAAGCAAGUUCAUUGUGGAUGUAUUGUUUCAAGUCAUGCAUUUACAUUGUUGGAUCCUGGAGGCAUUGAAUGCAUGACGUGUGCAAGGAAAAAUGUCCCUUGGUCAAAUCCAGCAUGGCCAACAUCUCUGUGUUUUCAUCCACCUUUACAAGAGAGACUCAAAGACCUAUCUGUCAAGAAUUGGAAUCAAUUGGCUGGAUCAGGUCCUGUACCAUGGCGGCAGGCACCGAGUUUGUUUAAUUCUUCUAUACCUGCAUCAGAACAGUCAAGAUUUCCCUAUGAAGUUGACAUAUCAGGUGGCAUUAACAAACUUAAUGCCAAUGAUAGAUUAUCUGCCUCUCCCUUAGAAAAAAAGAAAAUUGAGGAUCUUUCUGAAAGAUUAAUGAACGGAAACUUGAAACUUGGUGCACGGGAAAUAUUCGACAACGGGAAUGCAGGCAUUAAGUCUGAAGAAAACCACAGUUCAUGUUUAUCUCAACAGUCUUCCUCCUUAAAGGAGGAUCCAUCUACCCCACAAUUUGGUUUGACUGCACCUCAUGCAUCUCCAAAUGAAACAAAUGCCCAAAUCGGGGUUAGUAGAACUCAUUUGCGAACAACUCCUACACCUCUUCCAAAGCAGUUUCAUGGUAAUUUACAUAAUAGAGUUGACUUGUAUGGUGAAGCUCAGGUUCGCAAUGGAAGGCCUCGAGUGGAUGCACGAGGAAGAAGUCUCUUACUUCCUCGGUACUGGCCCAGGUUUACUGAUCAAGAGCUACAGCAAAUAUCUGGAGAUUCAAAUUCUGUGAUCACUCCUUUAUUUGAGAAAAUGUUAAGUCAUAGUGAUGCUGGGCGGAUUGGGCGUUUAGUGCUUCCAAAAAAGUGUGCAGAGGCCUACUUUCCACCAAUUUCUCAGCCUGAAGGACUACCUCUUAAAGUCCAGGAUGCAAAAGGCAAGGAAUGGAUAUUUCAGUUCCGCUUCUGGCCUAAUAAUAAUAGCAGAAUGUAUGUUUUGGAGGGUGUUACCCCUUGCAUACAGUCCAUGCAAUUGCAAGCAGGAGAUAUAGUAACAUUUAGUCGAUUAGAGCCAGAAGGAAAAUUGGUUAUGGGAUUCAGAAAGGCUUCAAAUGCUCCACCAUCUGAUCAGGACCAUGACUCUAAUAAGACUAUGAAUGGAGUUUCUACCCAUGGAGAUGCUGAAUUGGCUGAUCCUAGUUCAUGGUCAAAAGUUGAUAAGUCAGGAUACAUAGCAAAAGAAGUACUAGGAGCCAAAUCAUCAAUCUCUAGGAAGAAAAAGAACAGCACCUUGCGUGCAAAGAGCAAGCGCGUAAGAAUUGAAAAUGAGGACCUGAUACAGCUGAAGAUAACAUGGGAAGAAGCUCAAGUAUUACUCCGCCCCCCUCCUAACCAUCUUCCUAGUGUAGUGGUGAUUGAAGGCUUUGAGUUUGAGGAGUAUGAGGAUGCACCAAUACUUGGGAAGCCAACCAUUUUUGCUGCCAACAAUUUGGGUGAAAAGAUUCAGUGGAUUCAAUGUGAAGACUGUUUUAAGUGGCGCAAAUUGCCAGCCAAUGCACUUCUUCCGUCAAAGUGGACCUGUUCUGAUAACUCAUGGGACCCAGAAAGAUCCGUGUGUUCUGCAGCACAAGAAUUGACAGCAGAGCAGCUUGAAGAUUUGCUACCUCACUGCAAUUUAGGUGCUACCAGGAAAAUGAAGGCUACUAAACGGGACCCAGAUAAUGUUGAAGCUCUGGAGGGGCUUGACACUCUUGCGAACCUAGCUAUCUUGGGAGAGGGUGAGACGCUCCCAGCAUCAUCCCAAGCAACAACAAAACACCCCCGACAUAGACCUGGCUGCUCGUGCAUUGUGUGCAUUCAGCCCCCUAGUGGGAAGGGCCCAAAACAUAAGCAGUCUUGCACCUGUAAUGUCUGCCAGACAGUGAAGCGCCGUUUCCGCACCCUAAUGAUGCGGCGUGAGAAGAAACAAUCAGAGAAAGAAGCUGAAACAAUACGCAAAAAGCAGCAUCAGCAGCAGCCACGGCAGCUGCCAGUGCCUGAGAAAUUGCAGGAUGAUGAUUCCCUGCUAUAUAAUAAUACAGGAAAUAGUAGUCCGAAGCAGAUCAGAGAGAUCAAUGAGGUUUCUGAUGAUGAACCUAACAAGAUGAAGUCGUCUUCUUCGCCUUUUAAAGGUCAAAUUGAUCUGAAUAUUCAGCCGGAGCGGGAGGAAGAGCUAUCACCUGGUUCUGAUUCUGGCAGCAUGAUGAAGUUGCUACAAGAUGCUACUGAGAGGUAUCUCAAACAGCAGAGAUUAUCAAGCUCUGGUGGAAAUUCAUCAGCCAAUCAGUCACAUCCAAGUGGAGAUGUAGCAGGGGGAGAAAAGCUCGCUAAUAUUAUCAACCUUGGAAGCAAUCAUUCUGAUGCUGAUGAAGACCGUUCUGACUUUAUCAUAAAAGCAUCAGCAUCCACUCCGGCCGCCGGAUAGAUUAACUUCUACAUGUAUACAUGUUGAUCAACAGCUAUGUGGGGACUGUUGGUAUUGAUUAGGGCAGUUUCUGUUGUACAUCCCAUAUUGGCUUCAUGCAUCUUCAGGUCUGUACAUAAAGAAGAGGAGUAGGAGUGGUCACAUGGUUGAAAAACCAAUUAGGUGCUUUGAUGUCCUCUCUACAGUAAUAUAAAUUGACACCAAAAUGUUCAAGUAGGGAGAUAAUAUAUAAUUGCAACUGAAGUGGGUACUAGGUUGAAGCUAUAUAGUUUCUUUUUAGUAGCUCACCUUGCUACCCUCAUCCAGAAACAUUGAGGAUGUAAUUUUACUGUGUUUUUUCGGCCCAGUAUAAAAGAAAUUGCUUUUUUGGUAAAAUUAA